AUCGUUUCCCUCCUCCUCCGCGGGAGCUAAGCGCCAAACUCAAACUCUUCAGGACCCGCACUUCUUUCAAGCUGUUACCGAGGGCCGGGCCUACUGGGCUUUUUCACCCUCCGGUCGGGGCAGCGGUCCGACAUGAGUGAAGUUCUGUUCCAGCAGCUUGUUCCCUUGCUAGUGAAAUGCAAAGACUGCGAGGAGAGGAGAGGGAGCGUUAGAGUGAGCAUUGAACUACAAUCACUUUCUAAUCCAGUCCACAGGAAGGAUUUAGUCAUCCGUCUGACUGAUGACACAGAUCCAUUUUUUCUGUAUAACCUUGUUAUAUCUGAGGAAGAUUUUCAAAGUUUAAAAUUGCAGCAAGGUCUCCUGGUGGACUUCUUAGCUUUUCCACAGAAGUUUAUAGACCUCCUUCAGCAGUGUAUGCAGGAGCAUGUGAAAGAGACUCCAAGGUUUCUACUGCAGCUUAUUUCUCCAGCUGCUCUUUUGGAUAACACACCAGUACUUUUAAAUGUAGUAGAGACAAAUCCUUUUAAGCAUCUUAUUCACCUGUCACUAAAGCUUUUACCUGGAAAUGAUGUAGAAAUAAAGAAAUUUCUAGCAGGAUGUUUGAAAUGUAGCAAGGAAGAAAAAUUAUCACUGACUAAAUCACUAGAUGAUGUUACCAGGCAACUGCAUAUUACACAAGAGACGUUAUCAGAAAAAAUGCAAGAAUUAGAUAAGCUUCGGAGUGAAUGGGCCUCGCACACAGCCUCGCUGACGAAUAAGCAUUCUCAGGAGUUAACAACUGAGAAGGAAAAGGCCUUGCAGACACAAGUUCAGUACCAACAGCAGCAUGAACAACAGAAAAAGGAUCUGGAAGCCCUCCAUCAACGAAAUCUCCACCAGCUACAAAACAGAUUGUCCGAGUUAGAGGCAGCUAAUAAAGAGCUCACGGAGAGGAAGUAUAAAGGAGACUCCACUGUCAGAGAGCUAAAAGCGAAGCUUGCUGGCGUGGAAGAGGAGCUGCAGCGGGCCAAGCAAGAAGUCGUUUCUCUGAGAAGAGAGAACUGUACUCUGGAUACUGAAUGCCACGAGAAAGAAAAGCAUAUUAACCAGCUACAAACAAAAGUGGCCGUUUUAGAACAGGAGAUCAAAGAUAAAGACCAGCUUGUUCUGAGAACAAAAGAAGCAUUCGAUACUAUCCAAGAGCAAAAGGUGGCUUUGGAAGAAAAUGGUGAGAAAAAUCAGAUACAACUGGGAAAACUUGAAGCUACAGUAAAAUCACUAUCAGCAGAACUUCUAAAGGCAAAUGAGAUUAUCAAGAAAUUACAAGGAGAUCUUAAAACUCUGAUGGGUAAAUUGAAACUGAAGAAUACAGUUACUAUUCAGCAAGAAAAACUAUUGGCUGAGAAAGAAGAAAUGCUACAAAAGGAGCGAAAGGAAUCGCAGGAUGCUGGGCAGUCUCUUCGAGCCAAAGAGCAAGAGGUAUGCAGAUUACAAGAACAAUUAGAAACUACAAUUCAGAAACUCGAAGAAAGUAAACAACUUUUGAAAAAUAAUGAAAAAUUAAUCACAUGGCUAAACAAAGAGCUAAAUGAAAAUCAGCUGGUAAGAAAGCAAGACACACUGGGCACCUCUGCCACCCCGCCCACACAUUCUACUAGCAACACCACCAUCGGAAGUGGGCUCUCUGCCAGUCGGAAUGUGGUGGAUAGACUAAAUUACCCAAGCUGUGGAAUUGGCUAUCCUGUCUCCUCUGCGUUCGCAUUCCAGAAUGCUUUUCCUCAUGCAGUAGCUGCCAAAAACACCAGCCACCCAAUCUCUGGACCAAAGGUUCAGUUUAACUUGCAGCUUACAAAACCAAGCGCAUCGCUAGAUGGGCAGCCAGGAGCAGCUGUUAACAGGCCUUGUUCAAAUGAUAAGGAAAAUGGUGAAAAUUUAGGAUUGGAAUCCAAAUACUUGAAGAAAAGAGAAGACAGCAUUCCUUUGCGUGGACUCAGCCAGAAUCUGUUUAGUCAUGCAGGUUAUGCGUUUUGUCUCUUGCAGAGCAUCAGAAAGAUGGCAUGCUGGGAGGGUUCCAGACAUCGUCCAAACCCACAGUUCUCCCCUCCUCAUCUUCAUCCUAUUUCCCUGGGCAGUUACCAAGUAGUUAAUCCAACACCUUUUAUUGCUUACUGACAGUUUAGGAAUUCAAGUGACUUAACAGACCAUUAACAACAAAACCAAGUUUUGUCUUGUUCCUGUUAGGUCAUUUGGAUCCUUUGUAAUACUGCUGCCAUUUACAAACUUAGGAAAUUGAUAAGGAUUCUAAGUAAAUGGUAUUUUCCCCCCACCCCCCACCCCAACAGAAUGUUUCCCAAAAAAGUCACAAUUGUAUCAGAUUCUUAUCAGUUGGUCUGAAUAGGGACACUUAAAGACACACCUGCUGAAGACUUAUGAUUAAACUAUCGUUUUUCUUAGUAAAAGAUAUUCUUAACUUGCCACCUGAGAGUUGGGAGAGCUUCCACCUGUGAUCAUUGAUCCUUAGUCUUUCAUUGAGUUCUUAUACUACUUUCAAAGUUUUUUUUUUUCCCCUUUUUUUACUUUUGAGACAGGGUCAGCCUGUCCUGGAACUUGCUAUUUAUAUAGAUCAGGCUGGCCUCAAACCCAGAUAGAUCCACCUGCCUCUGCCUACCAUGGCCUGGGACUAAAAGUAUGUACCACCAAGCCUAAUUUAUGUAUUUGGUUUACUCUUUCUCUUCCCAGAUGGUCUCCAAUUUCCUACCCACGCAAUUCCAUGUUCUUUCUCCCUUAAAAAGAAAAUUAAAAUAACCAAUCAGUAAGAUAAAAAUAUCAAGCCAAAAACCAUGGAUCCAACCUUGUGCUAGUCAAUGGGUGAUAUACCUAGUGACGGUCUUAAGCACUUUGAGUGAAAUUAAGUAUUCAUAGUGACUAAGUUAUUUUCUCUGACACGUUUGAUUAUUUGGUAUGAAAUAAUUUUUAUAUAAAAAUAAUUGGGACUGUAUUUACAUGAUUGAAGUGCUUUAGUCAUCUGGGCUGAGCACAGUUGAUUUUGACACUUCCAUACAAGAUCAUCAGUGUAAUAACACCAUAAAAAUUCAUAGUACUUUUUAUAUUAAAAUUUGUGCUCAGUGUUAAUAAAGCAGGAAAAUUAACUAUUGGAAGUUACAACUUUCUCAUUAUUAAAAACUUCCAAGAAUUAUUCCUUGGAAAUUAAAUAAUUUCAAAAACCAAACAAAACAAAAACCACCCUCUAUAAUCUUAGAGGUCUAAUUUUGCUUUCUUGUUGACAACCACCCAAAGGAAAUUAAAAUCCUAAGACCCUCAAAUCUUACCUUUAAAAUGUAACAAUCAUGUGAUAUCUUAAAAGUUUCGAGGGGCUGAUGAGAUGGCUCAGCGGUUGAUUAGCACUAGCUACUCUUUCAGAGGACAUGGGUCCUAAUCCCAGCACCCACAUGGCAGCUCACAAAUGUAUGUCACCCAGAGUGCCUCAGGCAUGCAUGUGCUUUCUAGGUAUACAUGCAGGCAAAACAUUUAUAUACACUAAACUUUCAAAAAUACUUUAUACUGUUUAAGAAAUUUUGAGACAGUGACAUAUUAAGUAUGAGGGCCACAGGAAGACCGGGGUCUUUAGUCUCAUUUUCAGGAUGAUGGCAACUGCCAGCUGUCUGCAGCAAGGGCUGUAAUAAAAGUUCAGUGAUGGUAAGAAUAUUGCUACACCCACUUGAAAGCACUUAUUCUGGAAAGAAAUCUCUUGGCAGCACAGGACUGUUGUAAAUACUAUAAAAUAAACAUAAGAGCUUGUGGCAGGCCUUACAAAGGGAUAUAAGGCAUCUAUAGCUUUUUAAAAGAGAUAACCUCCCCUUACUAUUUAUAAACAUGUUUCCAAGAUAGGGCAGCUCAUUUCCACAGCAGGCUGUUGGCGAGCUGUCUCUGUGCUAAGUGUCCAGCACACAGAUAGCUCUCUGCUCUACCUCUGCAGCUUUUGUUUGAAAUUGUUUUGUGUUGUAUAACUGUACAUGUGUUAAUAAUCAAAACAUUGCUCUUUGCUACUUCUGGAAACUGUGACCUUUGUUAAUAAAGUACUGAACUUUCAGUGUCUUAUAUGCCAGAAGCAUGUUUAGAAAAUAAAAGACUAACUGCA